CCCACAUCUUUUCUCCACUCACAUCCAUCUUUUCUCCUUUCCGGAUUUCCUUUUCUGGGGUUCCUUUUUUUUUUCUGGCUUUCUUUUUUCUGGGUUUCUUUUCAAUUCCAUUACUAUUGGAUCUUUAAAUCUCCGCCGCCAAAUCAAAAUAUCAUUUCUGCUUCUCUCUGUCUUCUACCUCUUUGUUUUCUUCUCGAUCUUAACAGGAAAAUCUGAUUACUAAUUAGAGGAAAAACCGCAAAGAAAUCGUUGUCCACCCCCGAUUGACAAAUUUUAAAAAAAUUCAGCCAUGUCCGCCGCCGUGGCUGCCGCCGCCGCAGCAGCCGUGAAAAGCAGAGCAAACGGAACCAGUUCUCUACCGCCGGCGCCGGGAUACGGAGUUCCAGAGAGUGGCUACUCUAUGUUCUCACCGCCAUACGGGGUUCCACAGAGUGACUACCCUAUGUUCUCACUGAUCUCAUCAUCGCCGGCGAUUGCGUCACUGAGUCGUUACGAGUCCCAGAAACGACGCGACUGGAUCACGUUCAUUCAGUACCUGAGGAACCACCGGCCGCCACUUUCACUGUCGCGUUGCAGCGGAGCUAACGUGCUGGAGUUCAUGAAAUACCUAGACCAGUUCGGGAAAACAAAGGUUCAUGUCGAGACGUGUCCGUACUUCGGCGAAAUUGAUCCUCCAGCGGCGUGUUCUUGUCCGAUGAAACAGGCGUGGGGGAGUCUGGACGCGCUGGUCGGACGGCUACGCGCGGCUUUUGAGGAGAACGGCGGGAACCCGGAAAGGAACCCGUUUGGAGAACGUGCGGUGAGGAUUUAUUUGAAGGAAGUGAGAGAUUCUCAAGCGAAAGCCAGAGGGAUUUUGUACGAGAAGAAGAAGAGAAAGAAAAGAGUACAGGAGGAGUGAGGGAGAAAAUCUCUGGUCGGGGGAAAAUCUCUGGUCCGGGGAGAAAAUUUAUAUGCUUUUUCUCUUUUCUGGCUCGGGGGAAAAUCUCUAGUCGGGGAUAUCAACGCGGAAAGACAGCAAAAAUCUAAAGAAUAAAGAAGUAGAAAA